AUGGAUCCGCUGAGCGUGAUCGCCUCCGUAGCGGGGAUUGCGACCGCUGCAGGUGAGGUCAUCAAGAUUCUCGGCCCAUACACAACUGCAACGAAGGACGCGCCCAAGAUUGCGGCUGAAGUCUCCUCUGAGGCUCUUGCGACUCAAACUAUCAUCACUGGCUUGGAACAGCUCAUCAACAACUUCUCCGCGGCUAAUGUUAGAUACGCGUCACUGAUCCAGGUGGAUCAGCUAACUGCGGUUCUUUUCGAUGGAGUCAAAAUAUUUUCCGAGCUGUUGGCAGUGCUGCAGACGCUGCCGCCACUCGAACCCAGCAGCCCUGGUGGAAGCCUGUGGACGCCGAUCCAGUGGGUCAGAAAGAAGAGUUCCUUAACUGCCAUCGUUCACAGGCUGCAAGCAUUCAAGUCCUCUAUUAUCUGUAUCUUAAGCAUUCUGCAGAGCGAUUCUCAAGCAAGAGCAGAAGAAAGCCAGCAGCAGUUGAUUGCAGCAGUAGAUGACCUGCUCAGAGGCAAUACUGAUCUAUCUAGGCGGAUGAUGGGAAUGGCAAACACUAUCGAUACAAUGUCGCAUCGCCGAGCAACCAUCCAGUCCACGAGAGAUAUGGGUGUCCAGGAGCGGAUGGGUUUGUCAUCUCGGCGGUCCUCGCUCUUCGAAUUCGACUUUGAGCAGGAUCUCAAAUUGUCUCGUGUUUACCGCAAUGCGAAGAGAGAUACCAUGGACUUUUCAGCAAACAGCUCUAUUGUCCGCACCCACGCAUGGUCGAGCUUAUCUGGAGUCAGCCUGAGUGACAUAUCUCACAUUUCCGUCUUGGCUCUUCCGUUGUAUGUUGAGGACAUCUCGAAUCCAGAGCAUUACAGAUUUGGGCAAGAAGCAUUCCAGCUUAGAUCUAUACUUGUUCCAACAAGGCCAACGAGAUCUAUAUACCAUGACUGCAUUGAAGUGCAACUUCAGCUAUCGCAGUUUAAAUGGUUCGCUCGAUUCCAACAGCAAGAGUCCUCCAUGGUGGAAAAUCCACUGUCCAAUCUGAUCUCCAUAUUUAAGAUCGGGACUCCUCUGUUGAUGAUUUUCAAUGAACUCGAUAAUUCGCAUCACGAAAGAUGGAAAGACUUAAUAGCCUCGAGUCCAUCUGACGAGGUAUCAAGCGUUGCCAUAACGGAGUUUGUAAAGGCUUGUAUGCUAUCCUCAGAUAUCCCCCGGUCUUAUUGCAUCUUCGAUGCUGACAUUCUGCUCACCGAUACGACACAUCAUGUCAAGAAGGUCAUUAGCCUAGUGCGGUUCAUUCUAGCGAGGCUAACAAAAGUGGGCACGAUUCAAGCGAUCGUGUUUGAAUCUGCUCCGAAUAUCUUUGCCAGCGAGCCGAAUCCUGCAGGUGUGGCUGUUGAUGCUUUUCUCUGCGAUGAGCGGCUCUAUCUCAAACGCUUGGAGAGCCUCUUGGAAGAUGCCGAGAAGAUCAGAUCGCUCCGCAUGCUUCCCUUGGAUGCCUUUGAUCCCUUGUUUGCGCCCGUCCGCCAGCUGGUCAGCGUUCAGAGAACGUUUCUGAUAAAAGUAGAAAUGUUGAUUUCAAAGCCAUACUUAUGGCAAACUUGGCAAACUGCUUUACAUGAAUGGGCAGUCGAUUCCAGUGGCUAUUAUGCUGCUCUCAUUACAGCGGAAGCAAACUUGAAAUCAAUGGUCAGAACCGCCAUCUCGUCUGCCGACAUUUACGAUAUUGAGCUUCGGGAAUCAUUGGGCAAUGUUCUGGCAAUGCUAGGCCUUCCUUCUCAACGACUAGACAAGUACGAUGCCUUUCUUCAAGAACUUGCUCAAUACGGGCUCCAUAAUCCAAAUCAUAUAAAAGCAGCUGUUAAGAGUCUAGCAAUGGUCGAAGAGGCUGUUGAGAAUUCUACCAUUACUCGCGAACUCAGUCGGGUUAAAGCCACUCUGUCUAAAGAACAAGACUAUGAGACAAAUAAGAUCAUCUGGGGUCUGGGCAAACUCUUGAUAUUUAGCAAAGUUGAUGUAAUGGACAGUAGACAGGAAAAGCAAAACCAGCUCUAUCUCUUCGAAAAUGGAAUUCUGCAAGCAGUAGAGUCAUUUCCAAAGCAUCGACGAAGAGGUAUUCAGGGAUACGGGAAAUCUUCUCUCUCGGAUAGCCUCAAAGCCCGGGUUUCCGUUAUUAGAAUCAUUCCUGGAAAGGAUAUACAGCAAGUACGGCGAGUACUUCUAUCGCCUAGACAAGAAUCAAAUGGUUGUGAAAUCAAGUGGUUGGACGUGGGUAAAGAACGUAGGAUGUCUUUUUCUCUCGGUUCCAGAACACGGAGCCUCGAAUGGAUGUAUCAAGUCGCAAGGGUUAAAGACAAAGCCAGACUCGACAUUCCUGAUCACAAAUUCCAGCGCAUUGUCUUCACAAAACCCUUCUUUGGCGAUCAAUUUAACUACUGCGAGAAUGACACGUGUUGCAGAUCAUGCGUUAUCGACAAUGAAGUCGCUUUAAUCGGCGUGACUGACACGACAGGACAAGAAGAGCAUUCUUACCCUACAAAGAUAUAUGGGUUUGGAAUAAGAGCAGCAGGCUUUAUGCUAGUGUACAGUGUCUCAAGUCUUGAGAGCUUCAAAGAAAUCCUCGACUUGCAUCAUGCGAUUUGCAGGGAGACAGACAAGGAUAACUUCCCGAUGGUUAUAGUUGGCAUUCAGUGCUUGCAGGAGUCGCUGAGAGAAGUGACAACACAACAAGGUGAAAAGUUAGCGAGGGAACUUGGUUGCACAUUUUUCGAAAUAGAUGCCGACUCUCGUGCCGAAGUCGAUGCGGUGUUCUUCGACUUGGUACAAGAGGUUCGACGGUAUCGCCGCAAUGUGUUCAGGUAUCGAUGA